AUGCCUGAAGAAUCAGUUAACUUGAAGCCUGACGAUUUCGCCAUUCUGGAUAACUUCUCCUGGACACUUGGACGUGCAGUGUUAUAUUCGUUCCAGGAGGCUGCUGACGGCUAUGCCUUUACAAACAACUCAAGAGCUGCAAUCGGAUACUAUGAACCAUCUUCAAAGGUGUUUGUACAUGGAGGUGAGAAACUUGGUAUUCCCUCUAGAGCAGAGUACAUUGCUGGCCUAUCUGACUUGCGUUUCAACGAUGAUUACACGGAUGAUGACGAUCAUGAUGAGAAUGACUGGGAUGAUGUCCUAGUGGAGCAUAGGUGGUGGGGGUCUCUUUUAAUCUUGUUGAUUCUGUUCAUCAUAGCCUACCUGAUGAUGGGAAGGGCCAAGAGACAAAGUGCUCUUGAAAGGGCAAGACGAUUCUUUGGUGGCCUAUUCACACGUCGUGGUGCAAACACACGCUAUUACAGUGUUCAGGAUUCCCUUGACGUUGAAGACUUGGAGAUGCAAACGACCAGAUCUCCGGAAGAUGAAGGACUGGAGGAGUUCCCAGGAACGAAUUCUGGAAACAAACGAGCAGAUGAUGAUGAUUUCGAGAUUGAAUGA